GUCUAUCAAAGGCAGCUUGAUAUUAACUCUAUUUUUUAAGGGGAAGGUCUAUCAAAGGCAGCUUGAUGUCUUGGGCUUUCAAGCGUCGCCUUGGUCUUGCACUACUGCCUUGGCCUUGCGCACCCCACCAAACCCCAGUUUAACAUUUAUUUUCAGUAUUGUCUUUAUUGCAGCACACUUUUUUUUAAUAUUAGUUGAUAGUUUCUAACCUCGCAUAAACAUAUUGCUUGAUGUGUUUAAUCAAACAAAUCAAGCUAUGAUAAUUCUUAAGAGUGGAUGUAACUUUUUUAAACAUUAAUGAAGUGUAUAAGUGGAAGUAUUGGUUUGUAAUUAGUGAUACACUAAUAUUUGUAUUGAACGAUAUUAACUCUAUUUUUUAAGGGGGAAAGCCCAUCAAAGUCAGCUUGUUGUCUUGGGCUUUCAAGCGUUGCCUUGGUCUUCCACUACCGUCUUGGCCUGACGUACCCCACCAAGUCUCAAAUACUAAUUUUUCUUAGAGCGAAGCUUGUCUUCUCUUUGGUGUUACACAUUCUUUUAUUUUCCAACACUUUUAUUGAACUUUAUGACGUUAAAUAUUCAUUUUUCUCAAGUUUUUUAGUCAUUUAAAAUCUUAAUAAAUUUUUUUAAAUAUUUGGGGACGUGUUAGAAUAAAUAAAAAUCUUUUCUUGAGUCGCAAUCAUAAUUUUGAGCCUUUCGUGAAAGAAAUAUUGAAGAUUUAAGGGUAAUGAAAAACAAAAAAACUGAAAAAGUUGAAAAACUGGUGGCAAUUUAGUAAAUAAAUUGAAAUGUUCGAAAAUGCACUACUACAAAAUGACUACUACUCUAAAAAAUCUCAAAGGUGCUUCUCACAUUUUUUGCUUUUCAAUCCAUAAAAAAUUGAAAAUUAGAUAGUAUCGGGCUAUCUGCUGUGAAUCGGGUCAAACUCGGAGCUUCUGGACUGGAUUAGGGUUUAAGAAAAAUCAAUUCGACAGAGAGAAAGGGGAGGAGGGAGAAGAUGGGAGGCAAGGGAAUAAAGAGAAGGGAGAAGAACUACAGAGCAUCACAUGGAGGGACCGCCAGGCUCCCUCCCCCACCGGACCUUUCCUCCAUUGAUGCCCUCCCUUCUAAGCUCCGCAAGCUCAUGGCUUUCACAGAAGCUGAAAAGAAACCACCAAGGAGAACAGUGAAAGGAGACGAGGACAGUACAAAGACGCAUCAUUUAGAAGAGAAAAACACCAGUAACAUGUCCGGAGUCAAACGGAAAACUAAUGAUGAUCUGCCUGCAAAAAGUGAUGUCAAUGAAAAGAAAAACAAGAAGAAGAAAAGAAAAAAAGUACAUGACCUUCGAUUUGAAUCAAUUGAAGAAUUUGGCGGUACUGGUUCAAAACGAAAGGAACGCAGGAAACAGCACUUGAAAGAUAGGAGGAAAAAGAAGAACAAGCCAACCGAGACACAAGUGUUUGACUUCCCUAGGCAUGAACAAAUAAAAUUUGGGGAAGUUGUUGAUGCUCCUCCCAAGCUGGUGGCUCUCCCAAAGGUACGGAAGAUGGCACACGGAGCUUCACAAGAGAGACUUCGCCUUAAAGCAGUUGAGGCCUACAGGAGUAAAAAGGGUUGGGAAUCGAGGCCUGGGCUGCAGCUCACUCCCCCCGUCACUGCAAUGCCAUCGUUGUAGCUCCCUGGCCAUAAACCAUCUUUCAGAGGCACUUAUCAAUCUCCCUUUUAGUUCGCUUUUGUAACUCAUGUUUUUGGCUUAUCAUCUAUUUCUGUUUCUAGUUAUUGUAACCCCACCUAGAUCAAUUAUAAAGGGUUUCGGUUCCACCGCCAUUGUUGCCAUCUUCGUUGGGUCAAUUGGUUUGCCUUGACUUCAUGAUUCAUCUGUGAUUCGUCUACCUGCGUCUUCUCUUCGUCGCUUCCUCUUCUGAUCGCCAGAUGUCGCUAUAUAUCCAAUUGUGAGUGCUGGCGUGUUGCUGCCAAUUUUUGCCGGCUGUAAGGCUCUUCCCGUACAGCCAGUUGUAUGAUAUAAGUCAAUCUAUAUAAUCUUUCUCAUAGACUAGAUUGAGCAUGUUUG